AUGUUGCGAGGACUUUUCAUCGUGGCAUGCCUGAUGGCAGCAUGCUCCGCGCCCCCCAGAGCCAGGGUAGCCUGGAGUAGAAGGGGCCACGGCCGCAUCGUGAACGGCGAACCUGCCGUCAUAACAGAUUACCCCUGCGUACUCGCCACAGAGUUCCUGGUCAGACAGGAGUGCGGCGGCUCCAUAAUCAGCACGACGUGGGCGAUGUCUGCCGGCCACUGCUUCUAUGACGACGUCAACAAGAUGUCGCUGCGGGCCGGAUCGACACCUUCUGAACAGUUCCCGGUGGGAUCGAACAUCCAGAUCGUCAACCUGCCUUCUAAAAUCGGAUACGAGGCCCCUGCAGGCCUCCCUGUUACUGUCGUCGGCUGGGGCUUGGACGACGACGGCAACCGACCUGAACAGUUGCAGAAAGUGGACCUCUCCGUUGGCAAAACAUCGAUCUGCAAGGACAUAUUUGCCGAUUACAAUCCAGUCACCGAGAGUAUGAUGUGUGCAAGUGCCAUCAACAAGAGCCCCUGCAACGGUGACUCCGGGAGUCCGCUAGUGUUCGGGAGCGUGCAGGUCGGCAUCGCGUCCGAGUGGGACGAGAACUGCGAGUACCCGCAGGUGGUGUACACCAGCAUUGCAUUUGAUGUGUCGUUUUACCAGAAGUGUGGUCAGUCAUCUCGAGCUGACGCUGAUGUGGUUGUAGCAGACGAAAGAGGUGAAACUGUGACAGAUGUCUAA